AUGGAAUCUGAUUCAGGUAAUUGUUAUAUCAGUAGGCACGAAAAGCGAGCCGCUUUCAUGGACCUGUGUCGCAAGAAUUGCACCGUCGUUAUAGACUGCGAAUUCGACUCCUACGAAAACGAGAAGGAAGCCACAAGCCUAGCUAAUCAGUUGAUGCAGAGCUAUGCAUUUAACCGACGCGCCGACAAACCUGUUAAUCUGGUCAUAUGUGGGAUACAAGAGGGAAGCCACCUAGCCGAAGCUUUCAAGAAGAUAUCAGGCACAGAAAACUGGAUGUGUACCCUGGAAUAUAAAAGCCUAGAAGACAUGUUUGAUCCGCAGAAUGUCACCUAUCUCUCUGCGGAUGCUGAAGAGGUUCUAGACGACAUAUCGCAAGAAGGGAUUUAUGUUAUCGGAGGCAUCGUAGAUCGCAACAGAUUGAAAGGUAUCGCAUUAAGUAGGGCUAGGUAUAUCGGAGCUACAUGCAAACGAUUGCCCAUCAAGGAACACGUACAACUCACUCAAAGUCACGUUCUGUCCAUCACAGCAUGUGUAAGCAUCAUUCUUAAUUACACUGCGAACAAAAACUGGACCAAGGCUCUAGUAGAGUCAAUCCCCAAAAGGAAGUUCUAG